AUGUGGCACCUCCUCCUGCUGCUCUGCUCCCAAGGAAUUGCCUUCUCGGCAGGGUCCACAACAUCCUCCUCUCUGACUUCAGACAAAAGCCAGUACGCCAAGAAUCGCAACCCUGAAUCCUUCAUGAACGUGCUUCCGUCCAUGGCUCCUGCUGGGAGGAACAGCCAAAAUACAGGGCAAAAGCCUGCAGUCUUCCUACAGCACGCUUUUCUAGGAGAUGCUACCCAUUGGAUUUCUAACCUGCCCAACAACAGCUUGGGCUUCCUCCUCGCAGAUGCCGGCUAUGACGUCUGGUUGGGAAACAGCCGAGGGAACACCUGGUCUUUAAAGCACAAGACCCUUCAGCCCUACCAGAAAGAGUUCUGGCAGUUCAGCUUCGAUGAAAUGGGUAAAUAUGAUAUUCCAGCAGAGCUGUAUUUCAUCAUGAAUAAAACAGGACAGAAGGAUGUAUACUAUGUUGGUCACUCCGAAGGUGCAGCUGCAGGCUUCAUAGCAUUUUCUACAUACCCUGAGCUUGCUAAACGGGUGAAAAUAUUCUGUGCUUUGGGCCCAGUAAUCACAUGCUCACAUGCGACAAGCCCUUUAAUUACGAUAGCAAAGGCUCCUGAGCCACUUAUCAGGAGUCGAAUAGAUACAUAUGUAGGACAUUCGCCUGCUGGAAGUUCAGUACAGAACGCUCUUCACUGGCAUCAGAUUUCAUACGCAGGCCAAUUUCAAGCUUAUGACUAUGGCUCUAAGGAAAACAUUAGGAAAUACAACCAGUCCACUCCUCCUGUGUACCAGAUAGAGAAGAUAAACAUUCCAACUGCUGUCUGGAGCGGGGGACGGGACAAAUUUGCAGAUCCAAAGGACAUGGCCAAGCUACUUCCUCAGAUUACUAAUCUCAUUUACCAUGACCAUUUUCCUGCUUGGGGACACCUUGACUUCAUCUGGGGCCUUGAUGCAACUGAGAAAAUGUAUAAGAAAAUCAUUGAAAUAAUGAGAAAUGAGCCUUAA